GCUGUUCUUUCAUAUUCCGAAACAAAUCGCCUCUUCUCAUCUUUAAGCAAUGCCUGAAAUUGUAAGGAAUAGCUUGUUUUCUCCGAAUAUCUUCUUCUUCACCUUGUUUCUCUUAGUUAUGUCUCUUCUCCUCUCUCAUAGCUAUUCUGUCGAUGAACAAGGCCAAGUUCUUUUAACCUGGAAGAAUAGUUUAAAAUGUCCCACAGAUGCUUUGCAAUCCUGGAAUCCUGAGGAGUUGAGUCCAUGUAAAUGGUUUGGGAUCCAUUGCAACCCCAGUGGAGAAGUGGUGAAUAUAAGCCUGAACGCAGUAAAAUUGGAAGGUCCGCUGCCUUCAAAUUUUCAAUCUCUCAAGUCCUUGAGGACCCUUAACAUCUCAUCAUGCAGUCUCACUGGCACGAUUCCGAAAGAACUUGGAGAAUAUCGUGAGCUCACUUCCAUUGAUCUCAGUUACAAUUUUUUGUCAGGAGAAAUCCCUUCAGAAAUAUGCAGUCUAAAAAGACUGCAUAGUUUAUAUCUCAACACGAACUUUCUUGAAGGUGGGAAUUAUCUAGAGGGCGAGCUACCAGAGGAGAUAACAAACUGCACCAAUUUAGUUGGGUUGGGCUUGUCUGAUACCAAAAUUUCUGGAAGUCUUCCCUCCUCAAUUGGAAAGCUGAAAAGACUUCAAGCAUUAUUCAUUUAUGGAGCACAACUGGCAGGUCAUACCCCCAGAGAGAUUGGAAACUGCACAGAGCUGACAUACUUGGAUCUCUCAUCAAAUCUUUUAAAUGGCAAAAUACCAAAAAGUUUUGGAAAACUUGUGAAGCUUCAAGAUUUGAGAUUAUGGAACAACAGUUUAGUGGGUACAAUUCCAAAUGAUCUUGGAGAUUGCAUAGAGUUGAUAUAUUUGAAUAUCUCUUCCAAUAAUCUAACAGGCAACAUACCAAGAAGUUUUGGAAGACUUGCGAAACUUAAAGAAUUAAGAUUAUGGGGCAACGAUUUAGUGGGUUCAAUUCCAAAUGAUCUAGGAAACUGCAUAGAAUUGACUUAUUUGACUAUCUCAGAUAAUCUUCUAACGGGCACCAUACCAAGAAGUUUUGGAAAACUUUUGAAACUUCAAGAAUUAAGAUUAUGGAGCAAUAGUCUAGUGGGUCCAAUUCCAGAAGAUCUUGGAAACUGCACAGAGUUGAUACUCCUGAGUAUCUCAAUAAAUUUUCUAACCGGCAACAUACCAAAAAGUUUUGGAAAACUUGUGAAGCUUCAAGAACUAAGAUUAUGGAGAAACAAUUUAGUGGGUCCAAUUCCAGAUGAUCUUGGAAAUUGCACAGAACUGACAUACAUUGCUCUAUCAAAUAAUUUUCUAAUUGGCAGCAUACCAAGAAUUUUGGGAGAACUUGUGAAACUUCAACAAUUAAGAUUAUGGAACAACAGUCUAGUGGGUCCAAUUCCAAAAGAUCUUGGAAACUGUACUGAGUUGACAUACAUUGAUCUCUCAUUCAAUUUCCUAACUGGCAGCAUACCAAGAAGUUUUGGAAAACUUCUUGAACUUGAAGAGCUUUACUUAAGUUUCAAUCAGUUGUCAAGUGUAAUACCUUCUGAACUUGCAAACUGCACAGAACUCACCCAUCUGUUCUUAGACCAUAAUAAUUUUUCGGGUGAGCUUCUUGUUGACCCAUUGGCAACCUAA